UGAAAACGAAAGCAUCCGGGUCAAAUGCAACUGCAGCCUGUCUAAAUAAACAAAAUACAUCACCGACUACCCAGCAAUCGUACAUUAGAACGAAGUUGUAAACAAGUCUUUAUAUGUAAGACAAGGUCUGCAAAUACCUACGAAGCUGUCACAGAAGGUGAUAGUUAACGUUAUGCUAUACAAGGCAUGGCAGAGAGACAGGACAAUGAGGUGGAGGAGGCAGAUCAUGUGUACUUGCUGAUGAAGGAGGAGUACCGUAUCUCACGGAACGUACGUCUGGCCUGGUUCCUGGGCAAGCUCAACCAGGUCAUCUGGCCAGCCCUAAAGUCUGAGCUGCAGAACUCUGAGAAUGAGCUGGACCUGCUCAGCAUCCUGCCGAAGGGAUGGCAGCCAGACUCCCCUCCCUCCUCCUCGCCCUACCUCCUGGUGCCCUCCACGCGCGUCUCCUUCCUGGCGCGCCGGUACCGCUUCAUCAUCGAGCUGGACCUCAGCCCCUCCACUGGGAUCGUGGACGACAGCACGGGGGAGAUGAUAUUUGAUGAGGUGUUCCACGCCUUGUCACGGUGCCUGGCCGGAUUGGUCCGACCCUUCAAAGUUCCUGGCACGGAUCUUUUAUUCCAGCCGGAAAUCUUCGUCACCAUCCUGGCUUAUUCCUCGAUCAUUGGGCUCAAUACACACCAGGUGUUGGUGCAGGGCUGUCAGCUGGACCGUACGGACCUGGAUCAGUUCCUAAACCAGGUUUACCUGCAGUUGCGGUCAGUGGAGAACAACAUUGCGGAGGUCCUUCAGCAGCAGCACGACCAUCUUCAGCAGCAGCACGACCAUCUUCAGCAGCAGCACGACCCGGCAACUGGACACACGGCUGAUGGACCAAUCCCGUGCUCCGGGCUCGGCAGUGACAUCGCCAUGGAGGACGUGCCUGUGAGGAAGCACAGAGUUUCCAUGGUGACUGCAGACGUAGGGCUUGUCAGCAUGGUCCGACAGGGCAUCCUGGCUCUACAGCUGCUGCCCCCUAACUCCAGCGCAGGCAUCAUCAUCAUCACAGAUGGGGUGACCAGUGUGCCAGAUGUGGCCGUCUGUGAGACCCUCCUGAACCAGCUCAGGAGCGGAACCAUCGCCUGCUCCUUCAUUCAGGUGGGAGGGGCAUACUCCUAUGACUGUAGUUUUGGGUACAUCCCAAACGUUGAGCUGAUGAAGUUCAUCUCCAUGGCCACAUUUGGCUCCUACAUGUCCAGCUGUCCGGAGCCUGACCCGGCCAGUCAGGAUAUGAACACCUACCACAAGGCUUUCCUCACAUACUCUUUUCUCAAGACCAGCGAGUCAGUGAACCCUGAGUACUACUGUGUAUCUCAGCACAAGCUGUUCAACGAGCACCUGGUGUCAGCCAGUGGAAACCCAGCGUUAGUGAAGAAGAGGAAGAAGCAUACCGAGAAGGAAGUGCACGCCCACCUGGUCAGCGUGGUGUCCGUACGACUGAGAGAAGGAUACACCAUCAGAGAGCUCAACCUCACUAAAAGUGGCACCCAGCUGGAGGUGAAGCUGGUGCUGCUGUGGAAACACAACAUGUGUAUAGAGUACCUGGCCGUGGCCCAGUGGCCCCUGGACCCGGCCCAUCGGACCACCUGGGUCGAGGUCACCAUGGAGGGAAGCUAUGACAUUCUCCAUGACAUCAGCUGUACCAUGAGGAAACCCAUCACCUCCCCGUAUCGCACCGCUGUCAUCAGACGCUUCUGGAACACACUACAGAGUAUAAACCAGACGGAUCAGAUGCUGGUCCACCUGCAGUCAUUUAACUCUCUCCCAGAGAACUUCACCAUCCCUGAGAGCACCAAGAACGGAGUUCCUCUCUUCUACAUCCCCCCUGGAUCCACUAUGCCUGUUCUUUCCCUCCAGCACAGCGGGUCUAAAGACUCCUCCCAGUCCCAGUUUGCCUCCUACUGGAAGCCCAUCCUGUCCAUGGACGCCAACGUGUGGCAGAGGUGGCUUCACAUGCAUCGGAUCGCCCUCAUCCUGGAGCACGACACGCCUGUGCCCAAGCACCUCCACACCGCUGGCAGCAAUGGCCGUUUCAGCACCAUCCAGUGUCGCAUCUCCCACUCAGCACUCACCUCUUUACUGAAGGACUGGAGCAGCUUCGUCCUGGUGGAGGGCUACUCAUAUGUCAAGCUCAUAUACAAUGUCCCUGAUCAGACCCCCAGCUCCUUUUACCUGGUGCGUCUCAUCUCUAAGGCCCCUUGCAUGGUGCUCAGGCUGGGAUUCCCUAUCGGCACCUUGGCCCACACCAGGAACAAGAUAGUGGACGAGCUACGGGAGCAGAUCCUGAGGCUUCGCUUCCCUCACCGCGUCCAAAAUAAGGAGGCCACGCCCAAGACCAAAAGAAAGAGUAUGGAGCACACUUCCCCCUCCAUGUCUCCUCCUCUUCCAGCUCCCAAACCUGCGCUGUCUGACCGGCCCUGUGUGGUGGUCCUCAACAAACCCCUGGAGAAACUGCUCAUCAGGUACGAGAAGCUCCCGUCAGACUUCCGGACGCCGUUCAUUCUGAACAUGGAGAACUUCUCCCAGCCCCCCAACAUGACGGUCCCCCUCAGCAUGGCAGCCAAUCGGAUGGCCUCGUCCACGCUGGCGUCUCUGUCACGCUACUUCCUCCACCAGCGCUGGGUGUGGACGGUGCAAAGCAGCCUGGGAGCCGUCGUACCUCUGCAGGCUGUGGCUCAUAUACUGUCCAUGCUCUCUGAAAUCCGCCUCUCUGAGGGCUUCCAUUUUGCCGCUAGCGGGGAGGGUAUAGUCAACAUGGUGUCUGAACUGCCAAUGAAGGGGAUGCUGGAAUCCAUGGACAGAGGAAGUCACACCUGUAUCGUCCAGUACAUCCUGUUUCCACCUCAGUCCACCUCCACCAAGGACAGCUUCUCCACAGACGACGACAACGACACAGAGGUGGAGGCCAUUGAUGUGGACACCGAGCUCAACCUGGUGACGGAGUGUUGGGUAGAGCCUCAGAGUGGGACAGUGUGGAGUCCCAGGGACCUACACAGACACUUCCAGGGGCUUACCUACCAGGAGAUACCACAGGCGAUCUUUCCCCGGGAUCAGAUGUGUAUGUCCACCAUCAUGACGUUUGAGUACCUGAGCCAGCUGUGUCAGAACAAAGAGCAGGUGUACCCUCCCAUGGGAUGUCAGGCAGGGGAACCCUUGGUGUCUGAGGACUGCAUCCACACGGUUCCCUUCCAGUUUGACCUCAUCAAGCUGCUGCCCAAGUGCCAACAGAUAGAGAUCUUCUUCCUCACUCUCAGCAGUGUGGAGAAGGAAGAGGGGUCCCCAAGCUCCCCCUACCUGCCCAACGACCUCCUGUUAAGCCUGUUCCACAGCAGCUUACAGCAGGAGCUCAGUGACCGGGAGAUCCCCAUGGCUGACCUGGACAAUGUGACCUUCAUGCAUCACAUCCUAGACAGGGAGAGGGAUGGACAUGCUGCUCCGUUCUCUCUGCCGGCCAUCAGGGAGGAGUGCUUGAAACCUCCAGAGAGACAGGACACAAUGCUGUCAUUCCACACUAUAGGGAGCAGUAAAGAAGUGACCGGGUCCACCAGUACCCUUCAGAGUUUCAGCAAUGCAGACCUGGUGGAUGAGGAGCCAGUCCCUGUGGAGAGGGAUGGGUGUAUCCCUCAGUGGAAGUGUUACGCCAAGUACAUUAGCCCUCAACAGAUCCUACUCACCUUCCUCCCCGCCACCUUUACAGAUGUCCAGAUUUUGAUGUCAUCUGGGCUGGAGACAGAGCCCCAGGGGAACGUGGAGGAUGACAAAACCCUGCCUACCAGUAACAAAUCACAAGCUGAUUCACACUCCGGCGUCACCAAUGGGAUUGACGGUGGGUUGAGUAGUGGCUCUGGGGGACCAAGGUCGCCCCUGCUCUCCCCCAUAUCCACAACGGAGCAGGAGAACAGGGAGAGCCAUCCCCCUGAACCAGGAAAUGGCUCCAGAAGUGAAUCUAUGGAGGAGAGGGAUGGGGUGCAGUUUGCUGAGCCCCAGAAAAGAGACUUCCACAUCACGUUCAGUCGCCAGGCGUCCGGGCAGAGCUCGGGGGAUUUAUCCCGUCCACGCUGCCCGGUUUACGUCUACAACUGCACCCUGGACUCUCUGAAGGACCAGCUAGUCCACCCACACUCCAACCGGCAGCCCAGUGACAUCUUCUUCAGACCUCAAGACGCUGACUCCUGGGAGAUGUAUCAGCAGAUGAAGUUCAGGUCCCUCUCUCAGGAACGCAGCAAUGCUUCCUCCUGGACAGACCUGAUGUCACAGCCUCAUAAACACAAGGAGCUGGCCAACUACUGCAGCCUACUACAGGAGCACUACCACCAGAGCUAUGUCAAAGGUGUCUACCGCAGCCUGCAGCAGUCCCACAGUGUCAGCUCCCAGGACCUGCUCACAGCCAUGGACUACUGUGAGGAGUCCCUCCAGGAGAUAGACAUCACUGCUUUUCUGCAGACCCUCUGCGGACACAUUCGGGUGUUCCGGGAGCGUCAUGGAGACGGAGGGGUCAGGGGUCACUGUCAUGCCCCCGCCACGUUCACCAUCGGAGAGGCAGAGGAAGACAGGCCAGCCAACAAAGGGCCCAGGGCCUCAUCAUCAAGUAUUGACAUGGAUGAUGUGAGUGAGGCAGAGUCCAGAGGGAAAGCCUCCACCUCCCCUCUUGGCCCGGACCAACCCAUCAGAACCACCAGAAUCCCAGAGUUCCCUCUUUCCCUCCUCCAGUUGCAGCAGAAAUGUGAGGUCUACCCUGACCUGCACAAAAUUAUACAGGACAAAUUCAUGGGUAUUGGAGCUCAGCACUUCAAGACGGUGCCUUCCAAUCCUCACUACUUCUUCUACUGUCCUCCAUCCUCUAAGAAAGAGGACUCCGAUGGGGAACAGGAGAGACGGCCGAGUGCAGAGGUCGUGUCAGAGGCUGAGCCUGCUACAGAAGAUGAGAACAUGUCGGGCUGCUGCAUCGUGACUGAGAGCGACACAGACCUGGAGGUGGAGUACCAGGAGAAGGCUGGAGGCCGGAGAUCUCUAGGGGCUGACGGAGAGGGGGAGGACGAGUCCCUGUCGGACUCCAACACAGUGAACCAGGACGAGGACUCCUUCAGCAUCCUGGAUGGAGACAGCCUGCUGGAGGCGGAGGGCCCGCAGCCCGAGAUGCCCCCGCUGUUUGUCCACCUCACCUGCUCCGUCAACAUGAAGAGCUGCCAUGGAUCCAUGCCCAUAACCACACUACCCACCUGUCUGGGUGAGGUGAUCACGUGUCUAGAGAAUGCAGAUGCCCUGCAGGCCGUUGAUCUGAAUGAUAUGUCUGUGACUCUGGACAUCUUCGUUCUCACUCUGCCUCUGGAGAUUGAGGCCAUGCAGUCAGACUUCACACACAACCGGUACACCUCAGAGAGCAGUGUGUCUCUGACCCGUUCUCCUGGCCAGCCUUCUUCCUACCGCUCUGAUGAGGAGCUAAUGGGCAACCUGGACGGUCUACGGGGAUUAGGGGGUGAUGGGGUGGGUGGGGACCCAUUGUCCAUGCUUCCAAUGCCUCACAAACUUGCUGUGUUAGCCACCAUGGAUGAGAUACGUUGGCUCCUGGAGGAUGAGAUGGUGUCAUCCCUGCGCCACUCACGGGUCAUCACCUCGUCCACGCUACAGAAGGUGUCGGAUCACGUGUCCCGCUCCAGCGGGCGUCCCGGCUGCUGCUGUCAGGUCGUGCCCUUGCAGUUCGUCUUCGGCCCUGAGCAGUCCCUGGAGAAGUUCAAAGAGGAGUUCCGCCGGAUGUCAUUCCCAGGUUACCUUCUGAACGGAGAGUGGGACAACUUCUACUACAUGUCUCUGAGUAGACUCCACCCCCAGAGGAUACAGGCUGCUAAGAGGCUGUCUGAGAGCACCGUGAACCCUGGGGAUACAGGAUACUCUCAGCUAACCAAUCACUGUCCUGAUGGAGACUUCAGCACUAGCGCUCUGUCCAAUCCUGACGCAUCAGGAAGAGGACGUGACCACGAGGUGGAUCGGGUGGGCCCACAAUAUGAGAUGCAAGAAGAAGAUCCUACGGUCAGGGCUGUUAGUGAACCGGUGAGUGAGCCGGCCACAGCCCUGGACCCAGGCCACCCCCCAGCCAAACACACCUGGGGUGACACGGAGGAGUGCCCUAGACCCCGCCUGAGUUCAGUGGGAGAUGGCUCCACAGCCGCCGGGGAGCAACCCCGUUUGAGUUCUGUUGGGGACUCCACUGGACGACCACAGUGGAGCUCUGUCGGAGUGGAACCGGGACCCCAGGCCAGCACGCCCCGUCUCCAGCCCAGCAACAGCACCGACCGCUCCUCGGAGCAUUCCACGCCCCCCAAGACACCCUCCACCACCAGCCUGGCCGAGUGGGUGCAGUCCUCCAGCCACAACAACGGGCGGCUGAGGCCCAGCAGAGUCCAGAGUGUGGUCUCCAGUCAAGGCAGCCUGGACUCGGACAUGCUGGGCUAUGACGGUGGCAGCAGCGAUUCCGAGUGUGAGGGUCCCACAGUGGAUGAGCAGGAGUCCCAGCCCCCGCUGGUACCAGACUUCUGGCUCAUCAUUAAGGUCCAGCAGGACCGAGUGGAGGUUUUCUCCCACUCCAGGAGCUUUAGUGAAGGGAAGGAGGAUGAAGUCGGGGAGGAGGAGAAAGAGGAGGAAGAGGAGGAGAAGGUGCCAGAGUACUUGCAGCUGCAUCAGAUGGUGGUGAGGAGGAUCGGGGAGAUCUGUCGGGUAGUCAAUCAGCGUCUACUACUCCAGGACCUCCAUGACAGCCAUGUUUGUAACUCCCUCCUGGUGGCAGAGAGUGAGGAGGAUAUCUGGAAGAACGAGUCCCUGUACAGACAGAGGCUGGCCAACUCUGAAGACUACAAUGCUGAGGAGAGCUACCAGCCACGGGACUACCUAGCGGCCACUAUGCAGUUCAUCCCCGGCCACUUUGCCUGUGAGGUGGUGUGGCGCACCGUCAUCCUCAUCCAUCCUCGCCUCAAGAUGGGACCCAACAUGGGCGUGUCCCGGGCCAUCCAAGCUCUCCGAUCAGUGCUCAACGCCUUGUGUGUGGUGAACCGGAAGAACAUGUUUGUCUAUCAAGAACGCAACACCAAAUCAGUGUUCUACCUCAGGCUUUCUGAAACAUCCCAGCCAGGGAAGUACUCUGAUCUGGAUGGCAAUGUGCACCCCAUGUCUCGCUGUUUGGGCCUGUCCCGCAGCCAGGAGCCCCUGUCUUCUGAGGACCUCACGGGCUCCCGGUCAUCUCUGGAAGGGGCUCGGCCGGUGGGACAGGUGGACAAACACAUCCUGCUGCUGGUACAUGGAGUAGGAAGUGCUGGCCCAGAGAUCACAGAUGAGCUGGUGAAGGUUUUGAGGAAGCGCCUGGAUGAGACCACCCUGGACAUUAUCACCAUAAUGCUGGGCAGGAACUGCAAACUCACCCCUGCGGACGUGGAGUUCAUCCAGCCAUCAGGUUCUCCGGCCACUGAGGUGAUGGAGUUUCAUCUGCCGCGGUGCUUCAUGCCCUGGACCCCGGCUGUAGCCCACUACCUCAGGCAGAACCUGCUCAUCUUCCUCCACAUCCCCAAGUACACAGACAGCUACGUGGAACACCACUUCAAGCACUACUUCCAUCAGAGCAGUGAGCUUCCUGACUCUGAUAUCUACCUCUACAAUAAGCCUGGAGGCCAAGGGACUGGGGGGAAAGGCAUUGCCUGUAUUGCCCUGUCGUUCGUGGAUGCCCAAGGCUGCCCCCUGCAGGUUUCUGCCCAGGACUGCGCCCCAACACCCAGAGGGAAUGCUUCCACUAUCCUGCUACAGCCGGACCAGUUUGACGCCAUGACUACUGUCACCAAGGUGGACUCCAACAACAUGUGCUCAGCUUCAGAGAUGAGGGUGCGUUUUGACAUCUGGGAGCAAGGUAACGUCUCCCCCCUCCAGCUGACAGACAAGCUGCGGGGAGCCCUGCGCCACGCCCUCUGUGAUGUCAUCAUGGAGCUACGGGUUCUGCCCAUUCCCCUGUGCCUGGAGACCUUCUGCACCACCCCUGGGAGAGUGCAGAGAGAAGAGCCAGCUAACAGUCUGUUAAGUUGUCCCCUGUUGGAAGGGAAGGAACAGAAGGAGGUUAGGGAGCUGAAAGAAGUGAAGGACUUUAAGGACAGCUUCAGGCCGCGUAGCGGUUCUCGGAGUGUUAAGAACAGCCCCUCCCCCAUUACCCUGGUCGCUGCCACCCCGGGGACCACACCCAACACCGGGCCCAGCACCCCGGAGUCCACCACACCCACUGGGAAAACGGUUCGCCGAAGCUUCUGGGAAAUGCUGAGUAACCCGUCAGAGCUGGGAAGCCCUAAGACCACGGAUGACAUUGUGCAGGAGAAAGGGGACGAGGGUCGGACACGCAGGAGGCACAAGACGGAGAGUGUGAAGCAGCCGUGGAGCCAGGAGAAGGCCAUAGCUGUAGACCUGGAGCAGGCCCAGAGGAGACAUGUGUCCCAGCUGGAGGAGGGGGACAUCGGGACUCUGCAUCCAGUGUACCAGGUCACCUGUCAGCCCUGGAUCAACUUCAUGGCUAAGCUGGGAUGUCCGUCCAUUCAACAGUGCACGACUGAGAUUGCCUCCCAAUUCCUGCUUCCUCCGAUCCUGACGGAGAUUGUCAAUCUGGUGAGCUCCCUGGCCAGCGACACCUCUGUCAAGGUGUUCGAGAGAACCAGUGGUUCCCAAGGAGACAUAUUUGUUCCCCUGCCUGUAAUCCACCACCUCAGCCAACCUCCGGCCACCUCUAGAAGCUUCAUCCUUAUUGGUCGGAACUUUCAACAAUGGCAUUGCAGCACCGAGCAAGAAGACAGUUCAGAUGAUGAGAACUCCCCUGUGCUUAGUAGGUUCACACCUCAUAAGGGCUUCCAGCGCUUUGAGGCCUUGGAGCAGUCUGAUUGGUCCAGCCCAGGGCAGACCUGCAGGGGCGUGGCCCCGAGACAGAGGUUUCUUCUCAUACACAUCCUGGAUAAGAAGGUGACCCUGUACACCUAUAACUGGUCGUUGGACCUUGGAGCAUCUCUGAACCGAGAGUUGGUCAGACUAGUCCAGUGGCAGAACGCCAGGGCCCACGUGGUCCACUGUCUCCUGAACCAGAAGAUGGGCCUCUUCCAUCACUACUGUUUCUCAGACACUCCAGCACAGGAAGACCUCAAACAGGAGCCCAACCCAUUCUUGAACCCAACCAUGGAGGCUGAUGCCCUGUUGAGAAGCCCGGUGCCCCCUGUGCCCAGCAAGGACCAGGGCAGGCUGGCUAGCUCUGUCCGCUCCCUGGCCCCUCUCCACUUCCCCUCGGAGCUGGUGCCCUUUGAUGAGGCUCUCAGGGACAUUGGGACGAGCCUCCCCCUGGCCAGCGCUCAGGACGGGGCUGAUGUGGUGGCUCGACACGGAGCCCAGCUUCUAGAGGUCAAGGCUGCGGAGAGGAGAGAGAUGGAGAAGCAAAUGAAGAUUGAGAACCUGUUUGUGACUUGGCAGCAGAGGUCAGCGCAGUCCAACAUGCCCAUCUCAGUGGUUGACCUGGACACUCUGAAGCAGUCAUCCAGACUGGUGCACUACUGUGCCACCCCUCUGCUCUUUGACCCCGUGUUCAGGAAACAGAUUCAGGAAGAGCAGAUCGUCCCACCUGAACAAGUCAAGAAGCGUCAUUGCUCCAGCGACUCCACGGCGUCUGGCAGGGACCGGAGCUACAGUAGCGACUCUGCUGACGCCCUGCCCUGCCGGCUGAGGGAGGAACCCUGGCUACAGGACCUGUCCAACACCUUCCUCCAGCAGUACGUCCAGUACCUGCAGAGCAUGGGCUUCAUCCUGGUCCAGGUCCGCCCUCAGUCCCCGGCCCGCAGCAUUGCCAGGGCCCGGGCAGCCAUGUUCAGCUCGCUUUCUUCCGAGAGGCAGUCCUUCUCCUAUAACAAGGCCAGGAGCGAGGACAGCCCUAAGAGCACCGGGUCGGGGACUACAGCCUAUCACCUCCAGAGGGCGCUACCGGGGGGCAUUGUACUGAUGGAGCUGGCCUUCCAGGGCUGUUACUUCUGUGUGAAGCAGUAUGCUCUGGAGUGUUCUCGCAUCCCCAUGGGACAGACUGUCAACUCUCAGGGCUCCCUCCUCACCAAACCUCUCCGUCUCAAGCCAUUCCCUGACGCCACAUCGGUCUCUGACUCUGCGCUCUCCAUGCUGUUCACUGAGGAGUGUGAUAAGGUGCGCGAUCUGAUGCACGUCCACUCCUUCAGCUAUGACUUCCACCUGAGGGUGGUUCACCAGUACCUGAUGGGCUGCCACAUGACCCUGCGGCAGGGCUACCAGCUCACUGGCUUCCUGGAGGACUUCAUAGCCCAUCACCCCGACAUCCCCAAGUUUGGACGCAACCACGUCUUCCAGGGGAGUUUCUCCAUCUCCACGGGGAUGAUCACAGCCCAUCAGCUGUAUAACUACAUCACUGACCACGCCGGCACAUACGGCAUGAAGCCGCUUCGCAUGUCCAAGACCGCAAUGACUGGUGACGGCAAGAAGGGGGCGCCAUCCAGCGGUGACCUCCACGAGUACGCUCUGGUGGCGCUGUGGAACAGUUCGGGCUCUUACAAAGACCUGGAAGGCCUUCGUCACCAUGACGACUUCGACGUGUCCCUGCUGGUGUGUCAUAAUGCCGCUCCGUUUGAGGAGCAGUCGGAGGGAGAGAGACAUUUGCUGAGGCUGCGCUACUACGUGAUUAUGACCAGCCAACGAGAGCUGUUCCCCCGGCUGACAGCCGACAUGCGCCGCUUCAAAAAGCUUCCCCAGAUACACCGCGAGGCCAGCGACCUGGGGGGGCGGGUCCCCCCUGAGAAAGGGGCUGAACUGGGCGGGGUGCGAGACCCUGAACCCGACCUGUGGGAGGAGACCCCCCCUGCAGCCUCAGGCCCAGACACCUCGGUUUCUACACCCAGUGAUGGAAACGAGUUUUACCCCCUGACUGGGGGGACGGGGGCCCAGGGCCUACUGUAUCCCUCUCCUCUGUUCCCUCUACUGAACCAAGAGGUGGGCUGUGCAUGGAGGCAGAUUCAGACCAGUGUGGAGCAGGCCAUGGGUCACUGUCGUCGGGACAACCUGUGGAGAAGACUUUUCCAUGGAGAACACCUGGCCAUGGACAAGCUCAAGCUAAGCAAACUGUCCUUCAGCGAACUGGAGGAGCUCCUCAAUGCCGUGCAGAGUCGCUCCGUGGGGCAGAUCGACCCCCAGCUGGAUUGUUUCCUGACCAUGAGUCCCAGCUGGUACCAGAGUCUGAUCAAAGUGCUGCUCACACGCUUUCCUCAGAGCUGCCGCCACUUUGAUGACGGUGGCAUUCAGUAUCUGGCUGUGCUCAACCAGAAAUUCACUGACUGUUUUGUUCUGGUCUUUCUUGACUCUCAAGCAGGAAAAACAAGCCUCAAGGUGGUAUUUAGGGAGCCGUUGCCAUCCCAACCGCAGCCUAGCAACAGCCCCCCACCCCAGCUAGUGUCAAUGUACCAUCACCUGGAGUCUGUCAUCAACACUGCCUGUUACAACCUGUGGACUGGCCUGCUGUAGCCAUGGACAGCGAAUCAGGGCUGGGCAGGCUUCAGAGAAACCAAAGCCGCUGGGAGGUGUAGUUCCAGACAUGCAGCUUAAUUUAUACAGUUGGCUUGUGGGACUUCAGAUAACAAUAUUAUCGUUGAAUGUGAUGGAGUGAAUGAGUUCACAGAUGAGUCGUUAGUCGUUUACUAAUUCUGCCAUUGAAGGAAUUCUAUUCUGGGGGAACCUUACACACUAUUGCACACAAGGGUUCACGACUGUGUAUGUGCCCCCUUAGUGACUGAAAAAUGUUUUUACUUGAAGGAUUCCUCUCCACACUGAAUUCAAGAUGAACCAGAGACAGGCAUUGGUGGAGCUCAUUGCCAAUAAUGUUGUGUUGACUUGCCCUCUACUGUGGGCAUUGGGCCUCACAGAGGUCACUUCACAAACACUAUGCGGCUCAGAUGAACACUACCUCAUAGUGACAGAAUCCAACUGAUAAAGAAGAGUCACUUUCUGUACUAAACAGUGCAGCUAAUGAGACGGAGCAGGGUAAGAUAUUAAUUGUUCAUUUAAAAGCCAACUUCCUGGGCACCUUCCUGAUUGACUUUUGAAGGUUAUUGGUUGUUUGGUAAGACAAAAUGGGUUGAGACUUUCAGGCUUGUUUGAUCUUUAGCCAUACAACCACAUGAAAUGCCAUGUUUACUACAUAUAAGAGAUCAUCCACCCUACACGUGCAUCUAACGGAGUGGAUCGUGCUCUUUAACCAACUGUGAAUAGGACUGUUACCACAUCAUUAGUGUGCAACUUCGAAAGCAUUCUCAUGAAUUACAGGGGAUGAAAUCAUAAUUAACAUGGAUGAAGUGAUAUCUCUCGGAUAUGGUGCCUUGCGAAGCCACAACACAAUCCAUUGAGUCCCGUCUUGAAGCUUCUGCAAAGAUUGCUGCCAUUUCAGUCUGCAAUAUUGGGUAAUUGAUUUCAGUCUUCCUGUUAUAUCCAAUAAGUGUCAAACCUGCUACCCAAUUUGCUCUACUGCCAUUUCUUCAUUGUAGAAGUCAGUGCCUUUGUUUCCUUUUGUUUUAACAGUGCUACCGGAGCGUUGGUAUUAGUGUUACUGCAUCAAUCUCACAAGUGGGAUGUCUGGAGAAUGCAUUUGGACCUGACUAGAUACAUUUCUUUACAGGGUUCAAGGUCCACAAGAUCUUGGAUUGAGUGUGUAAAACAGUGUACUAUCAUAGCUACACAUCCCUUCAGACAUACUAUGGCAAUACAUUAAAAUGGCCUUAAUAAGUUUGCACAGUACCAGGAAACCAAAAUACUUCAUGAUCAUUAAGUUCCUAAAUGCAGAUUUGAAUUGUAAUAAUGUAUUUCUGAGUGAGGCAAAUAGUGUCUUUUGAGAUGUUUGUUAUGAAGGUGAGAACACUGGAUAAUGAAUACUGCGAGAUGUUAACAUGUAGGCCAGCUGUAAACUGUAAUAUAAUCUGGGUGAAACUUUCUGAAACUUGUAUAUGUACAUUAUGUAUAUACAGAUAGAUUUGUAUGUAUGCCAUGCUACAAUAAACCUUGGUAUUCAA